AUGGUGCACAGCACAGCACAGCGCACAUCACCACGAUGUGCGCUGUGCUGUGCUGUAUUAAACGUUCCACUUGUCAAUAGCAACACAAUUCGGAACCCCUCGGAUCAACCAGCACCAGCAGCACUGUGUGCAUCUCCGCUCUGUAGCACACCUCUCCUCUCCAUUCUGCCUAGUUUGGCCAUUACUUGCCCAUUGUAG